AUGGAGUACCCGGAGACUGUGAUUGCCGUGUGUAUAGGCGACCCACCGGACAUUGAUGCUGCUUCUGUCCGUGCCGCACAUCCUUCAUCCGGUUCGUCGGCCGAACUAUGUGCUGGAACGCAUGUGAAGAACACAGUAGACCUGGUCGAUCUGGUCGUGAUCGCAUUGCGCGGUCGAAAACAGGCUGUGAAACAGUUCGUCGGAGUUGUUGGCGACACAGCACGACAGGUCCGACUGUGUGGUAACCGUCUUCUGACGACCGCACAACAUCGUGAGGCACGUGUCUCGGAGCAUCCAAUAGAACUGUCUGAGCAUAUUGCCUGGCUCUCAUCGGAACUAGCGCAGCACUCCGAUCACCUGUCGUACGCAGAUCGUGAACUUCUUCAGGCUUGUUUAUUGCGCAUGCGCACUCAGAGAAAUUUGGGUCGUUCGAGUGUGCCAGACACCCAGCUGGAUCAACUGGUCAUUCAUCUUAGCCGGGCUAUCCGUGAGACGGAUGGCCUGAUCCGAAUGAACUCCAAUCCACCCUACCGACCUGAGUUGAUAGCUGAAGCGCUUAGCCAAAUCGAGCCUACACAAACGCUGGUCGUAUGUGCUGGCAAGCAUGCACUAUGCUACUUUCCACAACUAGUGCAUCUGUUGUGGCUCCCGAAGAACUAUAUUCUGAUGGAAAUUUUACCUCAGUUCACAGGCACAGGUUUGUAG